GUUUGGCCAAGGCCCCGUAGCUAGCGAAUUAUCCCAAAUUGCAUAGCAAGUGCACUCCGUGCUGCAGUAAGCUCGCAAGCCGGAGAAAGUCUGAGCGCGAUUUUUGCUCAAGCUGUGCGUGCGGUCACCCAACUCAGCAGCUGUUUCGCGCUCAAGCCAUGCGUUGAUGCGUACUGCGCACGAGUUACUCGAUUUGCCGGAGCAAGGCUUCCAGGAAGCAAGUCGACUCAGCCUCCUGAAAGCGAUUGAAAGCACGAAAGCUCCAUGAACCCUCUAAUUUGUAGGCCGAUAGAAGUGGUCCCUAAGCAGCCCGGCAUGCCGCCCAAGCUCGCAGAUGAUACUCCCUUGGCUUUCAGCGUGGAGAAUCCCCGAAGGGCUGGUUCCAAGGACGGAGACAAAGUGAAGACGCACAUUCGCUCAAACUUGUGAGGGAAACAUGGAGAAACGAAAUCCCUAGCUUUGAGAGGGUGCUCUAGUGUAGAAUGCGCUCAUUCACAUUGGGCAACAUGGCUGAAGGGCUGUUUUUCACCUUUGGAAGCUCACUUCGCUGUUCCCUGUGGCAAGCUGGCAGCUCCGACAGGUUGUUGUGCGCUGAGGGCCUUGCCGAGGCUGAGAAGUGUGGUUACCAUUUUUCCUUGAGAGACAAGGAAAACCUUGCAAGAUGGUUUGUGCAGCUGAAGGAUUUGAACCAAGAUGGCAAGCUUGCGGCGGAUCUCAAAAAGCACAAGCUGGAUGCAUCCAUUGACUUGGAAAUCAUCUUACCUGACGGUUUCCCCAUGGAGCCGCCAUUCGCUCGUGUCCUGUACCCGCAGCUGCGUGGAGGCUAUGUCUUCGAAAGGGGCGGAAUUUGUUUUGAGCCGCUCACACCGAAGGGCUGGGUUCCCUCCAUGACCCUGCCGGCACUUGCGAUAGCCAUCAAAGGCAUCCUGGAUUACGGGGAGGUGCGUGUUGCUGGCGUGGGGAACAAAGCAACCAGAACAGUGCCGCACUACACGGAGGAGGGUGCGCGAAAGGAUCACACUGCCAUUUCAGCGUCACAUCGCGGAGGGGAGAGCAGUACCUACGGAUCCAUCAAACAUUACUCCAGUUGAUCAACACAACAUUCAGAAAAUAGCAUUUUGAUCCAAUUGAACUCAUGAAACAAU